AGGUCGAUACACAUGCCGAAAUCUUCAUGAUCUUGUACGGACGUGGGCAUAAAAAGGAGUGAUGGCAGCAAAGGGGAAAUCAAGAUUUAUUGAUGUGAAAGCUCUUGCAAAUGAGCUGGAAGAGGAAUUGCCAUGCAGAGGGAGACAGAUUGCAUUGUUGUUAUCACUUGCAGGCCAGCCGAACCAUACUACCUGUCCAGCCGUCUUUGUCUAUGGUCACUCUGCAACAGGAAAGUCUGCUGUUGCGCAGUCUGUGCUGGAAUCCAUCUCUGCCCCAAGAGCUAUUGUGAACUGUGUAGAAUGGCAAGGUCAGAAGCAGCUUUUUGAAGAGAUUCUCAACCAGGUAGCAGAGGCUGGGCCUAGCCCUGAGAAUGGUUUCACACAGUAUGCUCGGUGUGACAAUGCCAAUGACUUUGUCAGGUUGCUCAAAGGAGUGGUCCAGGAGAAAGAGAUUGAGGAGACUGUGUAUAUUGUCUUAGAUAAGGCAGAAAGAUUAAGAUUCAUGGAGGGACACAUUCUACCAGCCUUUCUACGACUGUCAGAGCUAUCUCAGUGUAAUGUGUGUGUCAUCAUGCUAAGUCAGAUAGUAUGGGAGAAGUUUAGAUGUGGCACAGGCUACUGUGAACCAGUCAUCAUUCAUUUUCCUGACUAUACCAAGAAUGAAAUCUUAGAAAUCAUUGCAUCACACCCUCCAGCUGGCUACAGGUGUACCUUCUAUGCUUCCUAUGUGAAUCUUCUUCUGAGUAUCUUCUAUAUGGCCUGUAGGGACCUCAAUGAAAUCAGACAUUUGGCCGAACUCAACUUUCCAAAGUACAUUGAACCUAUUACCAAAGGGGAAGCUACAGUCGAUGAUGCACAUAAACUGUGGAGGAAUAUUGAACCUCAUCUCAAGAAAGCUCUUCAGACCAUCUACCUCAGAGAAGUCUCCAGUGCACAGUGGGAGAAAUACCAGCAGGAAGUAUCUGGUCAGGCUAGCCUUCCCAACAUGCUGUCUGCCCGAGCCCAUGUCGAGCUACCGUUCUACUCUAAGUUUCUUUUAAUAGCAGCAUACCUUGCCUCCUAUAAUCCUGCCAGGACGGAUAGGCGAUUCUUUGCAAAGCAUCAUGGGAAAAUCAAGAAGACUGCAAGGAUAUCCAAGAAGAAGGAGACCAGCAACCAGCUACUGGGUCCCAAGGCAUUCCCUCUAGACAGACUAAUGGCUAUCUUCUAUAGUGUUGUAGAUGCAAGGGUCGCACCAUCUGCAAAUAUCUUCUCUCAGAUCUCUUCUUUAGUGACCUUGCAACUUCUAUCCCAUGUUGGACAUGAUGAUCAGCUAGAUGUUCCAAAGUAUAAAUGCACAGUCUCUCUGGACUUCAUCAGGUCUAUAGCAAGGACAGUAAAUUUUGACAUCAUAAGAUACCUGUACGACUUUGUAUGAAGAAUUCUACUUGGCCCUCCUGAUAUACGUGAGUCUAUGAAGAAAUGAUGGAAGUGUGUGUUGGUGUUGGAUGGAUGUCUGUCUGACUUGGGUACAGUUCUGUUAUGGAAAUGAAGCAACUACCCAAGAUUGUGUAAACCCAGUCUUCAGUAAACAGUUCACCUUGAUAUUUUUCUAUAAUUUUCUUUUGGUUUGAAGGCAAUAAAAUUGCCAGAAAGACAAACAUUUAACAUAUUUUAAGUGCCUAGUUUACUGAUUUAUUAAUAAUGAAGUUGAUGAUUUGAUAAUCAAAACUUAUAAGUAAAGUAUGUAAUCAUCAAAAGCAUGCCUGACAGAACUACAAUUCUAUUAUAUUGAAGAAAUAUAUUGUCAAUUAUUACCAAAUACCAACCCAUCGUGCGAUGCAUGUUAUCGUGCAAUUUCUGCACGGAGGUCACACUUUUCAUUUCCCAGUAGAAAUUCUCUACUUUCAAGGGUGGUAUCCUCUCUGGUCUCUUCCUUUAGUCGCUGGAGUAUUUCUGCCGAUAUUUGCAGAACCCCUUCUUCAUAUCUAUGACCUUGUUCUCAUUAGGAUUUCUACAACUAGUUUACUGGAAACUGGUUCAGGAAACUAGUAGUUUGGAAGAUCGGUUUGCUUGCUUUCCCAUUUGAUCACACAAAA